GGGGCGACUCAGAGGGGUGCGUGGAGGAAGCGGCGGCGCUGGGAGGGUGAUGGAAGUCGCGAGGAAGAGGUGGAAUUGGGUGCAAACCGCGGCUUUAAAUAAUGACCCAGCUGGCCGGCUGUAUGACCCAGAUCAGAGGAGGCAAAUGCCAGAAACAAGAAGUUCUUCAAAACCACCGUGACGCAUUCACAUUUUCCUUUUGAGUUCGUGAGAUAGCGCGUGUGGGUGGAUGUAUGAAUGAAUGUAUGCACGGUUGCGACCACGCGCGCGUCUGUGUAUAUACUCAAGUAUUUAAGCGUUAGUCGUCGCCAGAGUAGAUACUCUCUCUCUCUCUGCACACGCGUAGUUCAGUCGCGCGAAGUUCGGGAUGGGUGGUGAGAACGUCGGGUUGGCUGAGCUAAGCUGGAGGUUGGUUUGAGCUGCGAGGAAGAGGGGGGAGGACACUGCAGAGUGCGGCCGCGACGUCACCACCACCACCACCACCCCCCCCAGGCGCCGCCACCACCACCACAAGCCGUGCCACGCUACCUGCGAGCAGUGAAUGCGUCGCGGCUGUUAUCGCUGCAGUCGCUCGCACGCGCCCGCGACCGCAGCCGACGGUGCGUCUGGGUUCGCGCACCGACUCCCCCCCCCCCCCACGCACUCGCACAGAGGUAGAGAGAAGGUGGAGAGAGAAGGUGGAGAGGGAGAGAGACUCCCUCACGGCCAGCGCUCCGCGACGUCUCGCGCUCAACAUCUGGACGCGGCUGCACCAGCGAGUCCUCCACGACCGCCCUCCGGAGCAUCUCGCUCAUUAAGACUCUGCGACUCCGCGUGCUCACUGACCCGUGGCUGCCUCGCGACUCGACGUCCGACGUUUAACGGCCGGCCCUUCGCCAGUACCCACCCCGCACAGGGACGGCUGAGCAGGACGCCCGGGAGGAGGGAAGCGCAAGCCGCCGGACGGGUGAAGGCGCGGAGUUUGGAGGCAACCGGUUGGAUCCCUGGCCCAUGGCGCCUCUGUGGGUCCUGCUCGUCAUGGGAGCCCUCGGCUCAGGCUGCUGUUGGAGCAAGCCGGAGCAGGUGGUGGCGGCCGAGGGCUUCUCGGUGACGCUGGACUGCGCCGUGCGGCCCAACUUCACGGAGGUGACGUGGAAGUGGAUCCCGCACCACCCGGUCUGCAACGGCCACGCGGACGCGAGCGUGAAGUUCGCGGCGCGCACGCUCUUCCGACAGGCGCCGCCCAGCAGUUGCUCGCUGGAGCUGCGCGACCUCAAGUCGAGCGACACGGGCUCGCUCCUCUUCGAGAUGCCCGGCGGCGUGGAGAGGCGCGAGGUGGAGCUCGUCGUGAGACCCGCGUGCUUGGCGGACGUGGUGCUGCGCGCGGAGCCGCACGGCGCCGUGACGCUCGGACGCAGCUUGGUGCUUUCCUGCCAGGGGAGCGCUCGCGCCCUGCAGUUCUCGCGCGCGGUGCCCACCUUCGUGUGGUGGUUCAAGGGGAAUCGCGUGCCCCCCUCGAGGCUGACGGAGGACGGCAGCAACAUCACCAUCCUGGCCGUGAGCUUCCAGGACCUGGGCCUCUACACGUGCUCCGUCAAUGGGCUGUCCAGGCACACCUCGGAGUACUGCGUCAACAAGGAUGGCAAGAGCAACUCGCUCCCCGCGUGCAUCAACGUGACGACGGUGCCGUUCCCGACCACCACGACAAGCAUGCCGACGGUGCGCGGCCAAGUGCUGCAGCUCGCGCUCUUCUCGAUGCUCGCCGCCUGCUGCCUCGUGGCGGCCGUGGCGUUCACCGCGUGCCUCCUCACGCGGCGCGGCCGCCACCACCGCGAUGAGAAAGACCCUACGGGGGAACUGAACCUGGACAACGCGUACGAGUCUAUGGGGCGAGCUCCAGAGGGCAGAGAUGUCGGGCAGCACAACCCGAUUUACGAGAACAUCGACAACGUCAUGAAAGCAAACGGGAAGCGCGCGGGCGAGACGCACGAGCUGACCGUGUACGAGGUCAUGAAGAGAUCCCUGCCCGGGACUGCAGUGCCGCCGCCGCCGCCGCCAGGAGCCACUCCCGCGACCUCCGACUCCAUCGCCGCCGUCAUCGACAGCGGCUGCGGCUGCCCGGAGAGUCCGGCCUACGACGAGUUGAGCGCCUUCAAGCUGCCCGAGCCCCUGUGACGCGUGACCCGCAGCGCCUCCCGGUGGCCAAUGGUGGCGGAGAUUUAUUUUUCGCUGGAUACGUGGACGGGAAGGGGUUGUUGAUGCGUGCAUGCGGGGAGCGACGGGCGCAGAGACGCGGAGCCCCCACCCCUCUUCCCGCAAGUCCCCACCCCUGGACCAAGCAGACAACCCCGCGCCGUCUCAGCGCGCACAUCGCUCGCUCGGCCUGCCACGCAGUCGCUGUGUGAUGAGACGUUGUCGGUGUGGCGAGGCGAUGCGGCUGCGGUGCGUGGCGUGUGGGUGUUGUUGUUGUGAACGUGAGACCGAGAUUCCGUGAUCCGAGACGGAAUUCUUCCGUCAGGUUGAUAAGCCCCCGAGAGAGAGUUGGAGGCCUGCAGCUCAAGAUCGUGUGUCCAGAGUUCGCUCGAACGGGGCCGGCCUGAAUCGUCUGGCCCAGGAUUCAGAGCCGCUGGGAACCCAGAAUUAUACAUUUAGUUUCUGUGGUUACCAAUCACCAAUUCAUGUUGCCAGCAACGCGGUAUUGACCGAAUGACUUGACGAGCAAAUCAACUGACGUGACUGGAACUUGAGUAGCUCGGCAACUCGUGGGAGCGCCGCUACUGCGGCAACUGUAGUCCCCCAUCAACUCCACCCGAGGUGGUGGAGGAAUUGGAGCAACUCGAGUCAACUCUCGUAGAUUCGAGUCAACUCGAAUAGACACACACGCCUAUUCGGGUGAUUUUACGUUAUUUUUACCUGCCAUAGGAAUGUGCACCAGGGUGGUAAUCGUUAGGGGAGUGUCUCCCCACGUGCGUUUGAGUGGAAAUCUAAAAGAAUGUAAUUAGUUAUUUCAGGGGUAAUUCUAAAAUAAUUUACCAUACAUUCUGUAAUUCUCCACCUGAGGAAUCGGGGCAGCUGACAUUGUGUUUCAUGGUGACUGGGCCCAGGAUGAAUGCAUUGCUCGGUUGAUCGUGCCUGCAACAUUGCAUAUUUUCACCUUGAAUAUAAAUUAGUUUAUUUAGCCGUAAAUACUGUGCGUUAAUCAAUAGCUACGAUAAGUGCAACUAUUGCGAUGCACAUUUAAAAAAACUGGUUUCAUCACGAAACAUUGUUUGAAAUGUAAUUCUCCCCAGGGCCCACUGUGUAUACACGCGCAGUCUCCCCCUCUUCUCGUCAACUCUCUUUCCUGGCCUCUCUCUGUAUGUGCUAUGAAGAAGGGCCGUUGCCCGAAACGUUCCCUGUUGAAUAGUUUUCUUGAUAAGGCCACAGUGUUAUUGUUGACGAACGUGUUGAUGUUUUGAUUGUGCUUGUGCACCCCUGCCAACGCAGAAUCAGCAGCACCACCAAAUAAUACGUCUCGCUAUAGAUUAUAAUCAUCCAACGUUUUAUACGAACGUUCGUAUCAGUCAGACUUCGGACGCAACGGCGCGAGCGUCCCUCGACACCAACAACCCAGCGGGGAUAUUCGGCAGAGGCGAGUGAGUGUCUCUCGUGUCGUGAACAGGCGACUCGCUGCCGAGAACCUGGGUGUGACUCCCACCGCAGAGGCGAUAAGCCUUCACUCCCUCUCUCCCCCUCUCGUUGACCAUGAAGACAAUGCGAUGAUUGGUGAGCACGCGAGACUUUGCCCACCGCGGGUGCGAGCCUCGUCUGGGCCGUGGACUCGCGUUGCAAUAGCGACACCGCGCGGCACGGGAUGCACUCACGCAGACGUGCACACAAAUAUCCCCCGUGUAGCCUCCACGGCCCGUCGGGGCAAGUGCUGUCAGCGAGACACCCCGUUAAAGGCCGAUACGACACACGAGGGGAUGCUGUGGCCAACACUACGACCGGGUCGCCUUUGUCACCCCAGCUAUGAUGUUUACACACCACGCACGACACUCAUUUAAAGCUGAGUCCAUAUAGCGAGGCCGAAAGAACCGGUUAAGAUAUCACUCGGUCCUGAUGUUAGCCGUGGCCGAUUUACUUAAUCACACGUGUAUAUAUACACACACACGACACGUACACCACAGCGCUGGUGCCAGGCUAGGUGCACUGAGGCGCGCGCACACACACACGUACGGUUAUCUUACAUCUCGAGAUCAGUGUUACGACGCGAGUUCCCUGUGUAAUGUAUGACAUCGCUCACGACGUUCAUGCCAAAUGAAAGAGAAGCCUUUAUAAACGUGUACUGUACAUACAACAA